AAACGAGCAGAUUUAAAGAUGAAGGAAGAAGAGGAGGAAAUUUCCAUUGAGGAGAAAAAUCAUCAACCGAGUUCCCUGCCAGCAGAAAAUCAAAUCAAUCCAGAUGGGCCUCAUGAUGAGGAUAGGGACGGUCCCAGUAAAAGACGGCCGGCUCAACGGAUCUCUACUGAGGACAAACAACACCGCUGUGAUUGUGGAAAAUGUUGGAGGUGGCCGUGUGAACUCAAGAAACAUCAACGAGUCCACACCGGAGAAAAGCCCUACACCUGUCCUAUUUGUAGGAUGAGCUUUACCCAGUCGGGAAGUCUGAAAUAUCAUCAGCGCAUCCACAUGGGAGAAAAGCCCUACACCUGUCCUAUUUGUAGGAUGAGCUUUACCUGGUCGGGAAGUCUGAAAUAUCAUCAGCGCAUCCACAUGGGAGAAAAGCCCUACACCUGUCCUAUUUGUAGGAUGAGCUUUACCUGGUCGGGAAGUCUGAAAUGUCAUCAGCGCAUCCACACGGGAGAAAAGCCCUACACCUGUCCUAUUUGUAGGAUGAGCUUUACCUGGUUGGGAAAUCUGAAACGUCAUCAGCGCGUCCACACCGGAGAAAAGCCGUAUGCCUGUGACCGCUGUGGAAAGUGUUUUGCCAGGCUGGGAAAUCUGAAACGUCAUCAGAGCAUCCACAGUGAAGAAACUCUUCUCCCACCUCCGUGAUAAUCUAUAAUAACAAUCUUUGCAUGCAGUUUGUCGAGUGUUGUGUUAUUUUUUUGCAGCAAACAGACUCAUGUCUGCAUGUGACAAGUUCAGAAAGGGUCUCACUUUUACUGAGUGAAGCUGCACU